AUGACUGGCGCGACCCCUCUAUCGUUUGCUGCCUCGCCUUCACGCAACUCCCGAGACAAGGCCGCCUUCCCGCAUGCGCGUCCACUCACCACCCCUGGCCGUGCAAUCCCCUCAGCUAUUCCCCACAAUCUGCUUCCUUCGGCACCCGCUUCUCCGCCUACUCCGGCGCCGAGCCCUACCCCCCAUCAACGUGCUCCGAGUUGGAGCAACGCGGGAGAAAACGAGGAUGCUUUUCUCAAAGACGCUCGAGCCCAUUUUAGCGGCUUAGGCGGUCCCGAGCGGCAGCGGUUUCUGGCCGAGCUUUUAAACUUGUGCAACAGUCAGCUUCUUAGUUUCGUUCACAGCUUUGUCAGCCCUCGAUUGAAGAGAGAUCCAUUUCAGGCGUUGCCUACUGAGCUAUGUUUGAGGGUUCUGGCAUUUAUUGACGACCCCAAAACCCUCGCACGAGCCUCACAGGUAUCGCGUCGAUGGCAUGAGCUCCUCGCGGAUGACAUGACCUGGAAGAAUCUAUGUGACAAACAUGCCUAUCGUCGGCUAUCGCAGGAAUCCAGCAUGCAUCAUGGACGUUCCCGUUCAAGCGCUCCUGGACGGCCUUCGCCCUAUAUUCACAUUCCUCGAUCCGCUUCGUAUGACCCGUCAUGGACUGGGCCCUCGAGUAGCACUCCAGACCUCCCUAGUCAUAGCCUCGACGAUACCAAUACUGCAAAGAGCGCCAUCAGCAAGAUUCGGCCAAUUUCAUACAAAUCUCAUUUUAAACAACGCUAUAUGGUUGAGACAGCAUGGAGAUCGGGCGGAACUGCCGUAUCGCGCCACAUCACGCCCGAUCAAGGGGUAGUGACCAGCCUCCACUUGACAGAUAAAUAUAUUGUGGCUGCCUUGGACAACGCCAAGAUACACGUAUUUGAUACCGAUGGCAAUAAUCAAAAGACUCUGCAGGGACACGUCAUGGGUGUAUGGGCCAUGGUGCCAUGGGACGACAUUCUGGUCAGUGGUGGGUGCGACCGCGAUGUCCGAGUCUGGAAUAUGGCAACAGGACAGAGCAUUCAUACGCUGCGUGGCCACACGUCGACCGUUCGAUGCUUAAAAAUGUCGGAUGCAAACACAGCCAUUUCUGGAUCACGCGAUACGACUCUGAGGAUCUGGGAUCUCGUCAAUGGCGUCUGCAAAAAUGUUCUGAUCGGACAUCAGGCAAGUGUACGCUGCUUGGAGAUCAAUGGGGAUCUAGUUGUUUCUGGAAGUUAUGAUACCACCGCACGCAUCUGGAGCAUCUCUGGAGGUAGAUGCCUCCGAGUCUUAACUGGUCAUUUUAGUCAGAUUUACGCCAUUGCCUUUGAUGGUAAACGAAUCGUCACGGGAAGCCUUGACACCAGUGUCCGGGUCUGGGAUCCUGCCAGUGGUCAAUGUCAGGCAAUUCUUCAAGGCCACACCUCACUAGUUGGCCAACUUCAAAUGCGAGGUGAUACCCUUGUUACCGGUGGUUCGGAUGGCUCUGUGCGAAUCUGGUCCCUUCGAAAAAUGGCACCCAUUCAUCGGCUUGCUGCACAUGACAACAGUGUAACGAGUUUGCAAUUUGAUGAUGCUCGGGUGGUCAGCGGCGGAAGCGAUGGCCGCGUCAAGGUGUGGGACAUGGAAACGGGCCACCUUGUACGAGAGCUUGGAACCCCUGCAGAACAAGUUUGGCGUGUCGCAUUUGAAGAGGAAAAGGCCGUUAUUAUGGGCUCCCGUCAACAGCGAACCGUUAUGGAGGUGUGGUCGUUUUCGCCCCCAGAGGAAGUGGUUCAGGAGGAUCGUUCUUCGCGAAGCCCGGUCAGUGCCCCUGAGCAGACCAUGCCAGACUAUGUGGGUGAGCCAAUGGCUGAGCAAGUUGAAGCGUCGACGACGGCGCCGACAGACUUGACCAUGGACGACGCAAUGGAGGGUGCGAUCGAUCCAUGA